GAAGAUUGUAUUAUGUAAAACUUAAGUUAUAACUAAGUGAUGAUUAUGUUUUCCAAAUUCUAGAUUGAUGAUUUAAUACAUAAUCGUUAUCUUUAUGUCAUCGUAUCAUAAGAAUUUAGUAAAACGAAGUUGUUAAAAGACAUAUUUUCAAAUAUGUUCAAUUACAAAAUAUUUUGAGUAAGAACCUCGAUUAUAACAGAUAUUAUGACCUUAGUAGUUGUGACUUCUAACAGUCAGAUUAUCGAUUAGAUUUGUGUAGCGGAAAGCAUUACAAAUACGGAUAAACUUAGUAAGUUUACGAGUGUGUUUCAGCCAUAAUCGAAGAGAACUAAAGUCGACAGACGUAGCACACACGCUUCGAUAAUCUGUCAUGUGCCCCACUCUAUGUUGCCGGCAAGUAUGAGUUGGGGGUUCAUCGCUUCAUUAUAUGACGUCGCAUGUAGUCACGAUAAAACUUCGUAUCAGACUAUACGCGAAAACACAGUCGAGGCACGAUAAGUGAACGUGUUUAACGUACGUUCAAAUCGAUUCUUAGUCAAAUCAUUAAUUCUUUUUUUAUCGCAUUCUCAUUCUCUUUGAUGUUUACUCGAUGUGACUCGAGGUAAAAACUACAAAGCGUACAUUAAUCGAUAUCACUCAGUGCUAGGUACCGCGAUCCAACACUUCAAGAUAAACAAGUCAAGUGUGAGGGCAUCUAUAAAUCAACGUGGAAUUUUCGAAUCUGUUGGAAAAGAACGAAGGAAUACCAUGAGAUAUGUUGCGGCACUCGAUGUUGGUACCACUACGGUACGUUUCCACAUCUUGAAUGAUAAGGCAAUCACAAUAGCUUCUUCGGCUGAAAAGAUAGACUUACUUUAUCCAGAAGUUGGUUUUGUGGAAAUAGAUCCUGAUCACCUAUGGCGGAUCAUAGUAAAAGUAAUCAAGGAUACAUUGGACCAUAAUAAAAUCGAUCCGAAGAAUAUUGUCUGCAUUGGAAUUUCAUCACAACGCAGCAGUUUUAUUACCUGGAAUAUAAAAACUGGGAAAUACUAUCACAGAUUUAUAACAUGGAAAGACCAACGAGCAACUGCUUUGGUCAAAGAGUGGAACCAAUCACUAACAAUGAAAGGAUUAAGAAUGGGUUCACGCAUUUUGUAUACAUUUACAAGAAACAAACGAUUCCUGGCUGGCAGUGUAUUGAAAUUUAUGAAUUUACAGGUUACCUUAAAAUUAGUAUGGGUUCUCCAGAAUAUUCCGGGUCUUCGAGAAGCUGCAUCUAAUGGAGAGGUGGCAUUUGGAGGUGUGGAUUGUUGGCUCUUAAAUAAACUGACAGGAAAGCACAUAAUGGAUGUUUCAUGUGCUUCGGCAACUGGUAUAUUUGAUCCAUUUACAAUGGAAUGGGCUGAUUGGGCGUUAAAUAUUUUAAAACUGCCACGUAAUAUUUUUCCGGAAGUAGUAGAUACAGCUGGUAAUUUCGGCGUUAUACCCAAAGAUAUAUUUGGAGCUGAAAUUCCAAUUUGUUGUUCGAUGGCCGAUCAAGCAGCGUCUUUAUUUGGUUCAGGAUGCUUUAAGCCCGGCGAUCUCAAGAUUACUAUGGGGACAGGUACUUUCAUGAAUGUUAAUACAGGACAAGAGCCACAUGCAUCUGUUGCCGGACUUUAUCCAAUUGUUGGAUGGCGAAUUGGGAAAGAAAUAGUAUAUGUUGUAGAAGGAUCUUCAAGCGACACCGGUAUACUCAUUGAUUGGGCUAAAUCAAUAGGAAUUGUAAACAACGUUUCAGAGACGUCUGAUAUGGCAAACUCAGUCAAAGAUACCGAUGGAGUAUAUUUUGUCCCUGCAUUCAGUGGACUGCAAGCGCCUAUAAAUGAUUAUACAGCUGCAACUGGUUUCUUUGGAUUGAAGCCUACCACAAAAAAAGAGCAUAUUGUUCGAGCCUUACUGGAAAGUCUGGUUUUCAGAUUACAAUUACUUCAUGAAUGUUUAUGCAAAGAAACUUCUUUCACGUAUUACAAAAUAAAGUAAAAAUUACAUUAUAAAAA